CAGACAUACAGAGACAUUCAGUCUUUGUUGUUGCUAUUUAUAUGCUCGCAAUUUAUUUUUUUGACAACGUAAAAUGUUGUAAUAUAUUGUUAAAUGUUAGUUUUGAAAUUUAAAUGAAGUGCCUUCAAAGUGCCAGUGCAGUAUUUACACCAAAAUUAUAUUUGCAUCAUGUGCAAAUGCGAUCGUUAUGGAAACUGUGCAACAAGUAAACACAACGGUCGCACAUAAUACCUAAUUAUAUAUGUGCAUAUAAGCAUAUAUGCUUUAUAUGUGCUGAACAAUACAUCACAAUUGAUAUUGACAUACAGACAAUAUCAAUAUUGCAACAUUGCAAUCACCAGCGCUGUAGACGAUGAGCCUCUUUGGUUCGAAGAAGAACCGCUCGCUGCCGGUGCGCGUGAGCACCUUCGACUCGGAGCUGGAGUUCGAGCUGGAGCCACGCGCCACUGGCCAGGAGCUGUUCGAUCUCGUUUGCCGCACAAUUGGUCUGCGCGAAUCGUGGUAUUUCGGGCUGCAGUAUGUCGACACGCGCAACAAUGUCUCAUGGCUCAAAAUGGAGAAGAAGGUCAAAGAUCAGCGAGUCGAGCUCCAUGAAAACAACAGCAUUUAUGUGUUUAGUUUCUAUGCAAAGUUCUUUCCCGAGAACGUUAGCGAGGAACUCAUCCAGGAGAUCACCCAGCAUCUGUUCUUUCUGCAAGUGAAACAGAGCAUCCUCUCAAUGGACAUCUACUGCAGGCCCGAGGCCUCCGUUCUGCUCGCCUCCUAUGCAGUACACGUCCAGUACGGACCCUACGAUUACGAGAGCUACAAGGAUGGCAUGCUUGCCGGUGGCGAACUUCUGCCCAAGGGCGUCACUGAUCAAUACCAAAUGACGCCCGAAAUGUGGGAGGAGCGCAUCAAGACCUGGUAUAUGGACCACGAGCCCAUGACCCGGGACGAGGUCGAAAUGGAAUAUCUGAAAAUCGCACAAGAUCUGGACAUGUAUGGUGUUAACUACUUUCCUAUUACAAAUAAGAACAAAACCAAAUUGUGGCUGGGCGUAACAGCCGUGGGUCUUAACAUCUACGAUGAGCGCGACAAGCUAACCCCAAAGACAACGUUCCAGUGGAACGAGAUACGACACGUCAGUUUCGAUGACAAGAAAUUCACGAUUCGUUUAGUCGAUGCCAAAGUGUCGAAUUUUAUAUUCUACUCGCAGGACCUGCACAUCAAUAAAAUGAUACUUGAUCUGUGCAAGGGUAAUCAUGAUCUCUACAUGAGACGUCGCAAGCCGGACACCAUGGAGAUACAGCAGAUGAAGGCGCAGGCAAAAGAGGAGAAGCAGCGACGUCAGAUCGAGCGCAAGAAGUUCAUCAGGGAGAAGCAGCUGCGAGAGAAGGCCGAGCACGACCGCUACGAGAUAGAGAAACGAUUAGAGCAUCUGCAGGACGAGAUGCGCAUGGCUAGCGAUGCGCUGCGCCGCUCCGAGGAGACCAAGGAACUGUACUUUGAGAAGAAUCGCGUCAGUGAAGAACAAAUGCAGCUGACCGAAUGCAAGGCGAAUCACUUUAAAACGGAAAUGGACAGACUGCGCGAGCGCCAAAUGAAAGUGGAGCGCGAAAAGCAUGAUCUGGAGAAGAAGAUACGCGAUGCCGACUUCUAUGUGCUGCAGCUAACCGUGGAGAACGAUAAGCGCGAAGCGGAAACUGAGAAGCUAAAAAAGGAGCUUAUCUGUGCCAAAAUGGCCGAACGCGAGGCCACCGCCCGUCUGCUUAACUUCCUCAAUAGUGGCCGCAAAUCGUCCACAGACAGCCUGUUAACUGCCUCAACCGUAUCGCAUGCGAAUGUGAACACCGCCUCCAGCAUUGCGGCGAUCAGCACACCGUCUCUGACGACGAGCAGCUCAACGAACGAUAUGGAAACAGCCGGAGGCGCCGAGCUGACCACAUCCGCCUCCCACUACAUUGUGAUCGGUGACAAUUCGAGCGGCAUUUCCGAUGAUUUUGAGCCAAAAGAGUUUAUACUCACCGACAAUGAGAUGGAACAGAUAACGAACGAGAUGGAACGCAGCCAUUUGGAGUAUCUGCGCAAGUCCAAGAAGCAAGUGCAGAAUCAAUUGCAAACGUUGCGGAGCGAGAUAGCGCCACACAAGAUUGAGGAAAAUCAGAGCAAUCUGGAUAUACUCAGCGAGGCGCAAAUUAAGGCCGGCGAAAACAAAUAUUCAACGCUCAAAAAGCUCAAAUCUGGAUCAACUAAGGCGCGUGUGGCCUUCUUUGAAGAGCUCUAAGAGGGGCAGAGUUGGAUACCCCAACAACAGAAACCUAAACAAGACUCUUAUCCAAGUUAAGCGUAUUCUGACUUUGUCAUUUGUGAACACAAUAUUUAAUGUAUGUAUAUCUCUGUUUAUCUGUGUAUACAAUGUCAAUAAGUAUAUAUGUAUGUAUAUCUCUGUUUAGUUGUGUAUACCACAUGUCAAUAGCUAUAAGCCAAUUAUCGGUGACAUUUCCCGAUUCAAUAAACUCGAAAUGAGUGUGUAUAAAACAGCCAAA